UUACUCUUGGUAGAUUUCUUUGUUUUUUUUUUUAAAUAUUUUGUUGUUGUCUAAUAUGGCCCUUUUCUCUUCUUUUUUUGUCUAUAAUGUCCUUUUCUUGAAGAAUGGUUUACAAGGUGGACCUAUUAUUCUAUUAUGGGGGCAAGUGGGUACUGACACCUAAUGUUAUUUACAUUAAAAAAUUCACUCAUGUUUGGAAGGAGUAUGCUCCAGAUUUAUUGUCAUAUAUAGACAUAUGUGAAGAGUUCCAUGAAAAGUUAGGUUUUAGUAAGGUCCAACAACUUCUACUCAAAGGACCUUCUGGGAGGAAUUAUUUGAUUGAGGGGGAUUCUGGCAUAAGAACAAUACAGACAACACUGUCUAUUAAGUCUGGUGUACUUGAAUUAUUUGCUGUAGAUGAGGGGGAUGAUGUUGUUCCAGCUAUUGACAUCAGCCACAAUGAUGAACCAUACCUAGUCACAGUAGAUGUUGCUACUGAAGGUGAAUCAAGUGAGGAAGAAGAUGAUGAAAAUGAACCUAAUCUAGUCACAGUGAAUGAACCUAAUCUAGUCACAGUGAAUGCUGGAAUAGAUGUUGCAACUGAAGGUGAAUCAAGUGAGGAAGAAAAUGAUGAAAAUGAGCCUUAUCCAAGUGACUACAAUAGUGAAGAAUUGGAAUCCUUUAGGUUGGAAAAGAAAAGAGAAAUUAAUGAUCAACUUGAUAACUUUAAAGAGUUGGAAAAAGGUAUGAGUUUUAAGAACCGUGAUGAAGCUAAAAGGGUUGUAAGUUACUACUCAAUUGCUAGGAAGGUUGCCCUUAGAGGACUGUGA